UGUCCUGCCGGUCGUGGAAGAUCGUCAUUCGCCGUUCUCUUCCUCGUUGUUCCGCGCUUUCUCUCUCCAUAAGCCUCUCGCUUUCUCUCUCUAGGCGAAUCUAUGCGGAUGCGUAUGGCGCACAGGCGCGAUCGUACCUUCGAUCCCCAUCUUUUAUCCCGUUAAAAGCGCGGGCGGGUGUCGUGAUUGCUCGUGAUUCCAAGUUGGGAUUUUUAUGAACAUCGUCGUCCCUCGGCCCUUCGCUUUCCACUUCGCCGGGCGAGUGUAGUCUUCCCCCUUCUCAGCUGCUUGAUCGAAUCCUAGAGGGGGGGGGGGGGGGGAGGUUUCUGGGUUUCUCUCUUAUCGGGCGUUGAUGGGUUCCCCUGCGUCGCCGGAGGAAGGGGUGCGGGUGGCGGCGGCGAGGUCGUCGGUGAUCGACUCGUUCCGGAGCUGCGGGCUGACGGGGAUGCAGAUCGACAAGGAGGAGCUGCGGCGGAGGCUGAUCAUGCCCAAGUACCUCCGCAUCGCUAUCCGGAACUCGAUCCGGUUCAAGGACCCGAACAGCGUCGAUGAGAACCAGCCCGCGGACGAGAAUGCCGAGCACCCGGAGGCUCCCAUGGUUGUCUUCAUCAACUCCCGCAGCGGCGGGAGGCACGGGCCUGAGCUCAAGCAACGGCUUCACCAGCUGAUCGCUGAAGAACAGGUUUUUGAUAUACAAGACGUUAAGCCUCAUGAGUUUGUUUUAUAUGGGUUGGGUUGCCUGGAAAAGUUGGCUAGUCUCGGUGAUCAAUGUGCCAAGGAGAUCCGGGAGAAAGUAAGAGUUGUGGUUGCAGGUGGAGAUGGAACCGUUGGUUGGGUAUUAGGAUGUCUUGGAGAACUUUACGGGCUGCACCGAGAACCAGUCCCUCCAGUGGGAAUCAUUCCUCUUGGUACGGGGAAUGACCUAGCUAGGAGUUUUGGCUGGGGUGGUUCGUUCCCCUUUGCCUGGAAAUCUGCUGUCAAAAGGACUCUUGACAGAGCAAGUACCGGUCAACUGUGUCGUCUAGAUAGUUGGCAUGUUGUGAUGUCUACGCCGAUGGAUGAAGAAAUUAAAUUACCUCAUUCUCUAAAGCCCACUGAAGAUUGUGCUCUUGAUGAGGGUUUGGAAUAUGAAGGGCAAUUGCCCGAGAAAUCCAGUUGCUUUGGAGGAGUGUUUUACAAUUACUACAGUAUAGGAAUGGAUGCACAGGUCGCUUAUGGCUUUCACCAUUUACGCAAUGAAAAGCCUUAUCUUGCUAAUGGUCCAAUUGCAAAUAAGCUGAUCUACUCCGGUUAUACAUGCAGUCAAGGGUGGUUUUUUACACCUUGCACGAGUGAUCCGAGUCUUAGGGGACUAAGGAACAUUCUUAGGAUGCACGUUAAGAAGGUCAACUGCACAGAAUGGGAGAAGGUUCCUGUUCCUUCCAGUGUCAGGGCCAUAGUAGCUCUGAAUCUUCAUAACUAUGCCAGUGGAAGGAAUCCGUGGGGUAAUUUGAAGCCAGAAUAUCUAGAAAAGAGAGGAUUUGUUGAGGCCCAUGUGGACGAUGGUCUGCUUGAAAUAUUUGGCUUAAAGCAAGGAUGGCAUGCCUCAUUUGUCAUGGUUGAAUUGAUAUCCGCAAAGCACCUUGCCCAGGCUGCUGCUAUUCGGCUGGAAAUCAGGGGUGGGGAGUGGAACAACGCGUACAUGCAGAUGGAUGGAGAGCCCUGGAAACAGCCGCUGAGCAAGGAUUAUUCAACUUUUGUGGAAAUCAAGAGGGUGCCCUUCCACUCGUUAAUGAUCCAUGGAGAGUGAAACAGCCUAGGGUAUUACAGAUAUGGGUCCAUGGAAUUGGUGGCUAAAUUUAUUUGUUUAUAAUGGGUCAUGUACCAUAGUCAUAGCUUAGGUUUAGAAUUUUAAUGCGAUUGCUGUAACUGUAUAUUGUCGAUUUGUUGUAUUAAUGUAAUGCUUAGUUUAUUUUAA